UCUCUUUUAAAGAUCGAACAGCAGAUCGAACUCAGAGGAUCCCGGUUCCAACUGCUCCCGGGGUGAUUACUAGGCGAGGAUGGGACGGUGUACGCUGGUAUUGCUGCUGUGCACGGCCCUGGUCGGUUUGCUGCCGUGUGGGUACACGUGGCGUGAAUACCGAAUACGGCGCAGCAUCGACCUGUCGUCGACGAACCAGCUGAUCCUGGACGUGCGCCUACCAACGGACCUGGUACCGGUGAGCUACUCGCUGUACCUGCACCCGGACCUCCAUCGAGCUACCUUCACCGGUAGCGUCAACAUCACGAUGCUGUGCACCAAGCGCACCAACCAGAUCACCCUGCACGCACACCACGAUUUGCGUGUGGACGAGGUGAACCUGGCGGUGGUACCGCUACCAGCACCGCGAGGCGAACCGGACGCUGCAGUUCCAGCGCCAUCGCCCCUACGGAUCCGGCGCGUUGACCGUGUACCGAAGAAGCCACUGCUGGUGAUCUACUUCCACGACGAUCUGGUCGUGGGGACCAGCUACGAGGUGCGGCUCCACUUCAACGGUAACAUCUGGGAGAACACGGAGGGCAUCUUCGAGGGCAAGUACCGUCAGCGGGCACCGAAACCGACGGUCGACGGUGAUACCACGAAACACGACGAUGACGGCGAUGACGAUGACGACACCCUAAGCUCGGAACACAAGUACAUCGGUACCUACUUCCGGCCCCACAACGCGCGCCGCGUUUUUCCCUGCUUCGACGAGCCCGCGUACAAGGUACCGUUCCAGGUGGCGAUCGUGCGACCCAAGACGCACCAUGUCCUCUUCAACACCGAGCUGCUGCGUACGGAGGAGCUCGCCCCCGGUUCCGGCUCACCGCUCGACGUGAUCGACGUGUUCGAACGGACCCCCCCGAUGUCGACGUUCGCGUUCGGUUUCCUCGUGUCCGACCUGACGCAGGUCCGACCGCAGGACGCGACACCGUCCGGAUCGAACGACACCAGCCCGGUGGUGGCCGGUCUGAAGCAGGUGCGCAUCUGGGCACGGUCGGACUUUCACGCGAACGUCGCACAGGUAGGCGAGCGCGUCCGGCUGAUACUGGGCAAGCUGGAGGCGUACUGGGGUGUGGCGCUACCGCUCGACAAGCUGGACAUUGUCGCCCUGCCAGGCUUCUCCUACGUCAAACCGGCCGACAACUGGGGAUUGAUCGUGUUCAAGGAAAGUGAACUGCAGCAGGGGUACUACAGUUUAGCCCAGGAGCUGAUCUAUCAGUGGCUCGGCUCGUGGAUUACGCCGCACUGGUGGAGCGAUGCGCACGUGAACAAGGCAAUCGCCGGCUUCCUCUCGGCCGACACCGCCAUCCAGAUCGACGGUGCGCCCGAGUUCGAGGGCAAGUGGCCGAUGACGAUUCUCUACUCGAUCUACUACGAGUUCAGCAAGCGCUACCCGCACUCGCGCAUCACCGCGAUGAAGCAGGAGACGACCUGCAGCAAAACCGAGCUGGUCCUGCGCAUGCUCAACUUUACGCUCGGUGGCGACACGUUCCGCCAGGGGCUGCAGAAGUUCAUCCAGCACCGGGAAUACCGGACGUUCUACGGUGACGAUGUCUGGGAGGCACUGACCAAGCAGGCGCACCUGGAUGGCCGCCUAUGCGAGUCGGUCACCGUGAACGAGAUCGUCGACUCGUGGAUCACCAAGGAUCGCAUCCCGAUGGUGCGGGUGGUGCGAGCGUACGAGAAGGGUACGGCCACCGUCACCCAGCGGUUGUACCUGCGUGAACGUCCGCACGAUGUGCCGGAACAGGACAAAAUGCUCUGGUGGAUACCGCUGGUGAUCGUGACGCAGGAUACGCUCGAUUUCACCAACACCAGUGCGACCAAGUGGAUGAAGCAGGUCCGUGAGGUCGAGCUCGAUGAGAUGCCGGCCGCCGACCAGUUCAUCAUCGUCAACCCGGAAGAGAUCGGUCCGUUCCCGGUUAACUACGACGAGCGGAACUGGAACAUGCUCGCCGCUUACCUGCAGACGGAGGCAGGUCGACACCGGAUUCCGCCCUACACCAGGGCCAAGCUGCUGCACGAUGCGUGGAAUCUGGCGUACGCCGGUGAUCUGAACUUCGCGACCGCCUUCAACAUGACGCUGUUUAUGCUGCACGAGCGUAACCAUCUGGUGUGGAAUCCCGUGUUCACGCUGAUCGAUCAUAUCGGACGUCACAUCGACAUGUCGGCCGUGCACAAGAAGUUCGAGACGUACGUCCGGACGCUGCUGACGCCACUGUACGAGGAGCUGGUGGGCGCCAGCCAGUCGACCGAGCACGAGGAAAGCUGGGAGACGAACCUGCGCUCCCUCGCCAAGAGCUUCCUGUGUCGCGCCGGCUACAAACCGUGCAUCGAGGAGGCGCAACGCGCGUUCCGGAAGUGGAUGGAAAGUGCCGAUCCGGAAAUGGGCAACCCCGUCGCCAACCAGUACAUCUGCCCGGUGUUCAAGUGGGGCACCCGGGAAGAGUGGGAGUUCGGGCUGCAGCGGGUCAUCAACUUCCCGGAGGGGCGCGUCAAGAGCGAGCGGACCUACCUGCUGAAGACGCUCGCCGGCUGCCCGAGCCAACCGUCCAAGAUCGAGCGGCUGCUCACGAUCACGGUGCUCGAGAACAAUGGUAACUUCACCGACAAUGACAUCAGUCUGAUCUUCAAGAUGCUAUCGGGCGGUUCCACCGGUUACACCACCCUCUUCAACUUUCUCAAGAACAACUGGGAUACGAUCAAGCUGCGAUUCAAUGAUCGGGAGUCACUGUGGGACAACAUGAUCAACUCGGCGACCGGUCUGUUCACCACGCAGGAGGGCUACGAUCUGGUGUCCCGUCUGUACGUCCAGCACCAGGGUGAGUUCGGGACGGCCGAGCACAUCAUCGAGAAAUCGCUGAAAAACAUCAAGGAGGAGACGAAGUGGAGCGACGAGAACCUGCCGGUGAUCGAGCAGUGGCUCGACACGUUCCUCGCGACCAACGGUGUCGCGAACCAAAAGUUCUACGGCUAAGGGCGGCUCUAGACCUCUCAGCAGCAGCAGCAGGAGCAGCACUUCACUGAGGCUAAUACUAGGCGCGUUCGAAACCACUACUACCACUACUAUUAUUACUACUACUACUACUACUGCUACUACUACUUCUA